AUGCGACAGGGCGGGGAGCGGGGAGCAGGCAGUGGUGCAGGCGAGCAAGCGAGCAAGCGAGCAAGCAACGAGGCGACGAAGCGCACGGGGUGGCGGUGGCGGGGGCGACGAAAACAGGGGGCGGGUCAUACGGGGGAGAAGAAGACGCCGCCGGACAAGAACGAAAUGGCAAUGCAAGGCAAGUCAGAGCAAAGCAAAAAAAAAAGACGAGAUGGGGAGACGCUGACGCCGAGCGCUGACGGGGAAGAUGAUGGGGACGCGGACGCAGACGACGGGGACGACAGGGCACCCACGGACGAGCGUAUACUGGGCGACUGCACCACACCGACGCUGAUCCUGAUCCUUCCCGGUGCUGAUGCUGAUGCUGAUGCUGGUACUGGUGCUGAUGCUGAUACUGAUACUGAUGCUGAUGCUGACGACCGCUCAUUGCCCAGCGGCUCAAGGCACAACCAAGUGCGGAACGAGUCCUAA